ACUCUCCAUCUCAUCUGGCUCAUCAUGAAUGGUGCCCCUUCCCUUGAAGAUGGCGCUGCCCCUUCUCCUCACCCUCUCCCAUCACCACCACCUUCCCCAGGUUGGGAGGAGUUCUGUGAAUCCCAGGCUCGGGAAGCGGCCCUGGACUGUGCCCGACGCUUCCACCUCUACUGGGCUUCCCAUCCCCAAUACGCUGGGGAUGAGGCAGCCUUCUCCCGACGUUUUGCUCUGCUCUUCUUGCAGCGCUUUGAGGCAGAGGUGGCCCGGACCUCGGGUUCCCUUUCAUCAUCUGGUCGGAUGCGCCUUAGUCCUGGUGAAGAAACCCCAUCAAGUGGUCCUUCCCUGCAGAGCUGUGGGAACAGUGAGCCUCUGACUGUGUGGGGUCAUUCUCAAUCCUCUGAAGACCUGGCUGGCUCUCUCCCUUCCUCGAUGGCUUCAAAUUCGUCAAAGCCUCAGGUGAAGAAACGCUUCUCCCUGCGCUCAUUUGGCCGCUCAGUCCGAGGGAUCUUCCAGUGGCGGGGAGCGGGUGACCCCCCCUCUGCUGUAGGACAUUUGGACACCUCUGCUUCAGGGCUAUCUGGCCUGGGUGGGGGUGGUAGCGCCAGUGAGGGGCCAGCUAGGCGUGGGGCAUCCCCUGAGGAAAGCUUUGAGAUGCAGACACGAAGGAGGGCAGGGGGACCCUUAAAGGAUGGGGCAGAGACAGAGCACAGACAGGAGCUGCCCUUGGCACCUAGGGAGAGCCACGUGGACCUGCCUCAGGGGGCCUGUGGGGGCCUCUCAGACCAUCCCUCAGCUUCUGUCUCCCCCAGCUCUGCCUCCACUGCUGCCUCCCAUUAUGACUCAAUGGCAGUGAUACCCUGCAAGGUGCCUCACCGAUUCCCUAUUAAAAAGGGGCCCCCAGUGGGGAAAAGUUACCCCCCACCAGCCCCUAAUGCUCCAGACACCACAGGUUCCUUCCUGUCUCAGGAGGAGGCAGAUGGAGGUGAUAGGGAUGACCUCCUCUCAGAGUACCCUUGGUUCCAUGGUACCAUCCCUAGACUCCAAGCUGCUGAGCUAGUGCUUGAAGGGGGUGCUGCCAGCCAGGGUGUCUACCUGGUACGUAAAAGCAACAUGAGGAUAGGGCAGUAUGUCCUCACAUUCAACUUCGAGGGCAGAGUCAAGCACCGUCUUCUUACCCUGAAUGACAAUGGUCAGUGCCGGGUGCUACACCUCUUGUUCUCCACAGUCUGUGACAUGCUGGCAUAUUUCAGUGUCCACCCUAUUCCCCUGGAGUCUGAGCCCUUCAGCCACGUUACCCUCACCCAAUAUGUUGAGGCCCCACGAGCUAAUACAGCCAAACAGAACUUGCAGCUGUCAGCCUUCUGGGAGGGGAGCAGUUUGGGACCAGACCAGAGACGGGGAGUGGAGGACGACGGGAAACGGGGAAUCCCGAUGGACCAUGAGCACACGACUACACGCCCAAGAGCCGAGGGCAGCGACAGCCUGAGCGCCCACGGCCGCGGGAGGGGCCGGAGCGAGCCCGGGCUCAUCACCCGCACCUGCGGCUCCGCAGCCACCUGCCCCGCGUGCCCUCCUUCGGGCCUCGCGGGAGUGGGAUGCGCUACGUGGCCAGCCCCGCCCGGCGCAACGGGAUCUUCAGCGGGACCCCCGCCCCCCCCUCCGCUCCCGAUAGCCCCCCCCCCCGCCGCCGCCGCCCUCUCUUCGCCCCCCACUCUUCCCCCCACCACCAAUCCCCACCCCUCCGCUCCCGGCGCCUCAUGCAGGACCACGCCCCGCACCAACUCCGCCGCUAGGAAUUACUCCGCGUCCAGGAACCACAAGGAAGUGGAGGCACGGUGGUCCCCUCCGCUGCCCACCUCCACCCCCCCACCGCCCCUGGUGCCCGGCAGACCUCCCCACGCAGGAAUACGCCCCUCACCAACUCUGAGGCUGAGGACUAUGCUCCGUCCCGGAACCCCAAAGUAG